UUUUCUCCUCGAUGUUGUUUCCUGUAAAUCAUCUUUCAAUUAAGCUAUGUGAAGUGUGCCGUACAAACAAACUUGCUACGUCUUGUCUCUUAUCAACUCUGUCUUUCAGCUGAGAGCGCCAUGGACAGCCUUAUGUGUCAGGAUCUUCUGGGCAGACCCAUGCGGAUCAUGUUCUCCCAGCGUGAUUCCACUCUGAGGACGACUGGGGUCGGGAACAUCUUCAUCAAGGGUCUGGCCAGCAGCAUCGAUGGUGCCCGCCUUCAUGACAGCUUCUCAAUUUUUGGGAAGAUCCUGUCCUGCAAGGUGGUCUGCGAUGCACAUGGAUCCAAAGGUUAUGGAUUCGUCCACUUUGCCACCUUUGAAGCGGCAGAGAAGGCCAUCAAAGCGCUUGAUGGCAUGUUGUUGGACGACCAGCUAGUGUCCAUUGGCCACUUUAAAACCUUUCAAGAGCGUCAUGUUGAGCAGCAGGUCAUGGCUCAGGACAAUGAGAGGCACUACCCGGGGGUGAGUCUGUACGUGUGUAACCUGCCCUACAGCUUCAGUGAGCAGCAGCUGUACAGAGCGUUUUCACCCUUUGGAAGCAUCAUCAGUGCCAAGUUGAUGAUGGAGGCCGGACGCAGCCGAGGCUUUGGAUUCGUCAGCUUCUCCACCCUCAACGAUGCGACCACGGCCGCGUCUGUCAUGAACGGGCGUGUGGUUCAAAAACGCCUUGACGUUCAGCCUGAAAACCAGCUCGCGCUCCAGCCCGUCAGUCGACAGACAGCAGCGUGCGACCUCGCUCAGAGUCAGUAG